AUGAUGAGCUCUAUGAAGGAAUAUCGCAAACAUUAUGACAAACAAAUAUGUGUUGCUGCUAUUAUUUUUACUGCAAUCGGAUUCCUUUUGCUUUGUGUUGGUGCCGGUACACGAUCAUGGCAUGUGGAGUAUGAUUCAACAGGUUUAAUAGCUUUAUGGUAUACCAAUUUUUUUUAUACGUGCUAUGCUACAAACGGUACAUGUUGGAGUAAUCAAGGUUUACUUUCUUCAGUGAGUUCUGAUCAACAACCAAUAACAACAUCAGUAGGUGUAUCAACUGAUUAUUAUCUUCGAUUGAGAAAUGCAGCUGCAUUAUCGAUCCUCGGCAUAUUAUUUGUUGUAUUUGGCUUGAUUGCCUCUGUAUUUUUAAUGCUGCCAAGUGGAAAAAUUAAAAUAUUUAAUGGACGUUUAAAUGUAUUGGCAGCCUUUCUGUUAGCCGUUGCUGCAUUAUUUCAACGUGCAGCAUUGUCUGAAGGCGCACGUGGGUUGAACCACAAUGGUUAUUCAGGAGAUCUAUAUCAAACUGGUCAUGCAUUAACUAUUGCUGCUAUACUGCUGUGUGCUUUUAUAGCUGGAAGAAUCUCUCUUUAA